AUGAAAUUUGAAGUGGAGAGAGAUGUCAGAGAAGAUGAAAGGAAAGAGACUUCAAAAUCAAAGAGGCCAAUAGACACCGAGGUGAAAGUCACUCCAGCACCAUUUCCUUCAAGGUUAACAAGAACAAAAAGAGAAUGGGAAGAUGAUGAGAUCAUGGCAAUGUUCCGGAAGGUUGAAAUCAACAUCCCUCUUUUAGAUGCUAUUACACAAAUUCCUAGAUAUGCUAAGUUCCAACUUUGCACAUCUAAGAAAAAACUCAAGGGAAAUCAAACAAUGAAAGUAGGGGAAAAUGUGUCCUCGGUGUUACAAAAACGGCUACCAAAGAAAUGCAAGGAUCUGGGUGUAUUCAUGGUUCCUUGUAAAAUAGGAGUUGGACCUUUAACAAAAAUCAGAGUCAUAAUUCAACUUGUCGAUCACUCUUUAGUACACCCAAAAGGUGUAUUGGAGGACGUUUUAGUGCAAGUCAAUGAACUUGUAUUUGCCGCUGAUUUUUAUGUGUUUGAUAUGGGAGAUGAUGACCAAACCUCGAGCUCCAUACUUUUAGGUAGACCAUUUUUAAAAACAGCAAAAACAAAAAAUGAUUUCUACAAUGGUACAUUGUCUAUGGAAUUUGAUGGGGAGGUCAUCAACUUUAAUAUCUAUGAAGCAAUGCGGUAUUUAAGUGAUGUUCAUAGUAUAAAUUUUCUUGAUAUGAUCCAACCUUUGACUGAAAAGUGUUUUGAGUUGACUAGCCAUGAUUUUUUGGAGUUAGUUUUGAGCAAUAAUUUUGAUAAUAAUUUAGUCAAAGAGAUUACAACAAAUUUCAAGCCUUAUGAGGAGUUGUUGGAAUUUAUGGAGUUCAUGGAAGAGAGGAAGGAAAUGAGGUAUGAUAAUUCCAAAGUGAAAUUGCUCAUUUCUAACACAAAACUUCUUCCUUCUAUUGUGCAGGCACCUAAGCUAGAAUUGAAGUGUCUUCCCGAUCAUUUAAAGUAUGCAUACCUUGGAGAAGAUAAGACUUUACCUAUCAUUAUCUCCGACAAGCUGUCCAUUGAAGAAGAAGAUAAGUUGGUGACUUUGUUGAAAAAGUAUAAGAAGGCUAUUGGGUGGACAAUUGUUGAUAUAAAGGGGUGUAUGCCUUUUGGUCUAUCAAAUGCACCCGCAAUAUUUCAGAGAUGCAUGGUGAGCAUUUUUUCUGAAUAUGUUGAAAACAUCAUUGAAGUUUUAAUGGAUGAUUUCACAAUUUAUGGAAACUCCUUUGAUGAAUGUUUGAGCAAUCUAACAAAAAUUUUGCAAAGGUGCAUUGACACAGAUUUUGUGCUUAACUAUGAAAAAUGUCAUUCCAUGGUGGACAAAGGAUUGAUUUUGGGUCAUAUAGUGUCCCAAAAAGGCUUGGAAGUUGAAAAAACCAAGAUAGAUGUUAUCAAAAGUCUACCUUACCCAACAAAUGUUCGGGAAGUUUGUUCGUUUCUUGGUCAUGCAGGUUCCUAUCGGCGGUUCAUCAAAGAUUUCUCAAAGAUUAUGGUGCCAAUGUGUCAACUACUCCAAAAAUAUGUUAAAUUCGAGUUUACUUAG